GUUGUUCACAGACUGUAGCGAAAGGUUGUGAGCAUACUCGGUGCAGCGUUCCGUGAGCGUUGCGCCAUCGCAAUGACUAGUCUGCGCUGAUGGACAGAGCUCCAGCGUACAGUGCAGCAUGCCUCUUGAGAGUUCACUCACCUCGUCGAGGGCAGAAGGUGUACAGUAGAACAGUAUUGAUACAACGGAUACCCGUCUUUGAGGAUGUUCACAUGAGGCUUCGGAGAUCUACAAUCGGCGGCAUGUCUCGCAGGAGAUACUGUAUUGUAUCGCAAACAUGUACAGUAGACCCCGUAUUCUCUCAUCUUCUGUACCGCAAUCUUGCGCUUUCGAAACGUGAAAUUGACGAACAUGCUUUGUCAAACGCUUCGUUGCGUCAGUUUAGACAGCGUUGCGUCAGUCGCCGCAAUUGCUGCUCUGAGCACUUUGCACAAUUUCUACAGAAGUACUGUACAGUACGAUGCAGAAGCUGUGUUGAAAGAGCAGGCGGCACCGCGUUGACUGAACACGUGCGCACUUCAGGCCGACAGUCAUAUGGCAGAGAAUGUGCUGUUCGUUCAGGAAGCAACUUGCUCGAUGCGGCUCCAACGCUUCGCUACAGUAUGCCAAGUCGUCCGUCCUACAGUACUCCACGUAGAUACCAGUACAAUGUGCGCACUGUAGUUGACUUCAUCUAUUGGACAGGGGGGAGGGCUCACAUGCGCAAUUUAGUAGCUGCCCAACGAUUAUGGAGACUGGACUGAUGCAGUAUGAUACAGUAGGCCUGCACAGCCCCAAAGUUGGCUAUUACAUCAGGCUGUUGGCAAGCGCAAACCUUGGC